AUGAUUGGUUACUGGAGCGGAAGUCAGCCCUCUCAGCCGCUCAAUAUAAGUGAGGAAUGGAGAGAUAAUUACUCGAUAAUGUCUUUGGCAAACCAGACACUGACAGUGACCACUAUUAUCAACGCUCCGUAUUGUAUGCUUCGGGAGUCGUCCAAAACAAAGGAGGGAAACGAUCGCUUCGAGGGAUAUGUCGUCGACUUAAUCGAGGAGUUGUCGAAAAUACUGGGAUUUAAGUAUAAAUUCAAACUCGUCGCCGACAACGCAUACGGCGCUAGAAAUGAAAGCGGAUAUUGGAAUGGACUCAUAGGCGAAAUAAUCAAUGGAAAGGCGGACAUCGCUAUCGUGGACCUGACCAUCACAUCAAAGAGGGCAGAGGCGGUCGACUUCACCCUUCCCUUCAUGAACACCGGAAUUAGCAUAUUAUUCAAGAAGCCGACCACCAAAGUGACUACUCUUUUCUCAUUCCUGUCCCCUUUCUCUAACGUGGUUUGGGUGUAUGUGUUGGCCGCCUACGUGGGCGUCAGUUGCAUACUCUUCAUUGUGGGCCGACUGUCGCCCUACGAGUGGGAUAACCCCCACCCCUGUCGUCAGGAGGACUUUGUGCUCGAAAACAACUUCAGUCUAACGAACAGCUUUUUCUUCACGAUUGGCUCACUUAUGCAACAGGGCUCAGACCUCACGCCCAAAGCGAUGUCUACGCGAGCCAUUGCAGCCAUUUGGUACUUCUUCACAUUGAUAAUGAUCUCCUCCUACACCGCAAAUUUGGCCGCUUUUCUGACGGUAGAGAAAGUGAUUUACCCGAUAGAAAGCGCCGAAGAGUUAUCGAUGCAGUCGAGCAUAGAGUACGGGUGUCUGGCCAGUGGGUCCACCAAAUCAUUCUUCCAGGACUCAAACAUUACUACUUUCAAAAGGAUGUGGGAUUUCAUGAAGACUAGGGAUGUCUUUAUGCCUAAGAAUGUGGACGGAAAGCAUAGGGUUGAGAAGGGAAACUAUGCCUAUUUGAUGGAAUCGGCGUCUAUUGAAUAUAUAGUCGAAAGGAAUUGCAAUUUAACACAAAUCGGAGGAUUACUCGACACUAAAGGAUAUGGAAUCGCGACUAAAAAACAUUCAAAGCACCGGAAUCUGUUGUCUCAGGCGAUACUGAAGCUGCAGGAGACGGGACGCCUGCAUAUGCUGAAGGAGAAGUGGUGGAAGCAGAAGAAGGGCGGCGGACAGUGUGCCGACGAAGGCAAGAAGUCCUCGUCGGUCACGGCCCUCAAGAUUGAUAACGUCGGCGGUGUCUUCGUCGUGCUGUUGGGCGGCCUCACUCUGGCCUUCUUUGUGGCCAUUUGUGAGUUCAUGUGGAGGUCCAGAAAGUCGACGGCAGGAUGUGUGAGAUAAUCACUUUAUUGUCCCUAUUUUAUACAA